UUCUUCUUCUUCUUCUUCUUCAUUUGAUCAUCUUCUUUACUUCCUGCUAUGGCUUCUCUGCAAUCAGCGCCCGAAUCUCUUCCUUUUUCACUCAUAUAAUCACAUUUCCGGGCAUUGGAGUAUCCACAUUCCCAACCGCAUUUCACGUGCAUUGAUUCUCCAUUGUUGUUUUUGCCCAAUGGCACUUCACUCCUUUUCCAUUCUACUUCUGCCGCUCUUUUUUCACUUUAUACUAACCUCCGCCGCUUCCCGGAGUAGUGAUAUUGCCGGAGGUGUGCGGAUAUGGCCGUUGCCGGCGUUGGUCACUCAUGGCGGGCAACGUCGGUUGUGUGUUGCGAAUACGAAGGAUUUUCGUCUCAACACUGAUGGCUCCAACUUCACAGAUGCUUCUGGGAUACUUAAGGAGGGAUUCUUGAGGUUGCUUGAUGUGGUUCGUGUUGGUCAUGUUGUUGAUGCUAAUCUAUCUCGCUUGGACUCCUCUGCUCUGCUUCUUGGAAUCCAUAUUAUUGUCUCUUCGCCUUCCGAAGAGUUACAAUAUGGUGUAGAUGAAUCGUACAGAUUAUCAGUCCCAGCACCUGCACCUGCACCUGGAAAGCCUGCCUAUGCAUAUCUUCAGGCUCGUACAGUUUAUGGGGCUUUGCAUGGUCUUCAGACCUUCAGUCAAUUAUGCUCUUUCAAUUUUGAAUCAAGGGCAAUUGAAGUUCGGAGCGUACCAUGGAAUAUUAUUGAUCAGCCAAGGUUCUCCUAUCGAGGACUUUUAAUUGAUACUUCUCGACAUUAUCAGCCAUUGCCAGUUAUAAAGAAAGUGAUUGAUUCUAUGGCAUAUGCAAAGCUGAACGUGUUGCACUGGCACAUUGUCGAUACACAAUCUUUUCCAUUGGAGAUACCUUCAUUCCCAAACCUUUGGCUUGGUGCUUAUUCUAAACAAGAACGGUAUACAACUGCGGAUGCUGAAGAAAUUGUGAGAUACGCUCAACGACGUGGAGUCAGUGUACUAGCUGAAGUUGAUAUUCCCGGACAUGCUUUGUCAUGGGGAGUUGGCUAUCCUGCUCUGUGGCCGUCAAAGGAUUGUAAGCAGCCACUUGAUGUCAGUAACGAGUUUACUUUUAAAGUAAUAGAUGGAAUACUAUCAGAUUUCAGCAAGAUCUUUAAGUACAGAUUUGUUCACUUGGGAGGCGAUGAAGUUGACACAACUUGCUGGAGAUCGACUCCUCAUAUAAGAAAUUGGGUUAGAAAAAAGGGUAUGAAUGAAUCCGAUGCUCACAAGUACUUCGUCUUGCGAGCACAAAAUAUAGCUUUGUCUCACGGAUAUGAACUUGUAAAUUGGGAAGAGACUUUUAACGAUUUUGGCAGUGAAUUGAGUCGAAAGACUGUUGUGCAUAACUGGUUGGGAAUUGGUGUUGCUCCUAAGGUUGUUGCUGCUGGUUUAAGAUGCAUUGUUAGCAACCAAGAUAGUUGGUACUUGGACCACAUAGACCCAAGUUGGGAGAAGUUCUAUUUAAAUGAGCCGCUUAAAAAUAUCACUGAUUCAAAACAACAAAAAUUAGUCAUUGGUGGGGAGGUAUGCAUGUGGGGCGAAAGUGUCGAUGCCUCAAAUAUUGAGCAAACUAUUUGGCCUCGUGCUGCAGCCGCUGCUGAGCGCCUUUGGACACCAUAUGACAAUCUGGCUAAAGACACUAAUCAAGUUUUUGCAAGGUUGGCGCACUUCAGGUGUUUGCUGAACCAGAGAGGGAUCGAGGCUGCUCCGGUAUCAGGACUUGGCAGAUCUGCUCCUUGGGGUCCAGGCUCUUGCUUUGUGCAAUAACUAUCCAGGUAGCCUAUCAUGAGAUCAUGAGAACUUUGUGGAUUGAUAGAAAUGGCAGCAGGCAUCUUUAAGGAGAGUGACACAACCAAACACCAUCCCAGAAGUUAAUUGGCUUACCACAACCAAAAUAAAUCAUCCCUUAAUUGAAUUAGUGUAUCACAAAUACAUUUAAACAUCGACUCAAAUAGAUUACCCAUUUUGUGUUAUAAGAGUACAAUGUAAUAUAUCUGUACUCGCCUUCCCUUUACCUCAAGAUGAUGUAUAAUUGUGAUCGAUUCUGUGGUCAAUAAAAAGCUCUAGCAGCUCCUUACAGUGAAUGUAG